CCCGGGCGCCGCCCGCGGCAAAGAUGGCGGCGGACGCCGCUUCCGGGCGGCCCGGGGCUCUGACCUGAGGCGGGCGGGGAUGGCGGCGGGCGGUGGCUCCCCGAGCAUCGUCGAGUUCUUCGGCGGGGAGGAUGGCUACCGCUGCGGCUACUGCAGGAGCGACACCGGCAACCUUUCGCACGGUAUGUGGGCACAUUCGAUGACAGUUCAAGAUUACCAGGAUCUCAUAGACAGAGGAUGGCGAAGAAGUGGAAAAUAUGUCUACAAACCUAUCAUGAAUCAAACAUGUUGUCCUCAAUACACAAUAAGGUGCCGGGCUUUGCAUUUUCAGGCCUCCAAGUCCCACAAGAAGGUUCUGAAGAAAAUGUUGAAAUUUAUUUCCAAAGGAGAUGUUUCAAAAGUCGCAAGUGAAGAAGAGCCGAUGGAUUCCCAUAUAGAGGAUGUGGCCACGUGUGAUUUUCCACACAAAAACGAGUCUCAGGUCAGUCAGUCUGACCUGACUCCCUUGGCUGUGGAUCAGGCCGAGAGGGUGGAGAAUGAAGAUAAGGACUCAGGAGAAACAAAAGAAGAGGGGAAUGUGCAGAAGGUGGAAUCAGAUUCUGUUCAGAUCUGUGCAGACAAAGGCACCCCAGUCCCUGCAGAACCAUCACAUUCAGCUAAAGCUGUUCAUGCACCUCCUAAGCCAGGGAAAGGGGCUGAUCUGAGCAAGCCCCUGUGUCGGAAAGCAAAGGACAUCAGGAAGGAGAGAAAACUCCAGAAGCUCCUGCAGAACCAGAUGGGCACAGCAGAAGGCUCUCAGCUUCAAGGAGAUCAAGCCUUCCUCUUGCAAAACUCUAAAUCUAAAACAAACCAGCCUAAAAACAUUGAAGACUUUGUUUUUGUCCCUCUACCUGAUGAUGCACGACACAAAUUAGAGGUGAGGUUAGUACCUGUCUCCUUUGAGGACCCCCAGUUCAAAUCAUCCUUCAACCAAUCUGCCACUUUAUUUGCCAAGUAUCAGAUGUCUGUACACAAGGACACACCUUCUGACUGUGGGGAGAACGAGUUCACACGAUUCCUCUGUGAUUCCCCUCUGGAGGCAGAGCAUGCCCCAAACGGACCAGAAUGUGGCUAUGGCUCCUUCCACCAGCAGUACUGGCUGGAUGGGAAGAUAAUUGCUGUUGGGGUAAUUGAUAUCCUGCCCUACUGUGUGUCCUCAGUCUAUCUGUACUACGACCCAGACUUUUCUUUCUUAUCUUUGGGAGUCUACUCUGCAUUACGGGAAAUUGCUUUUACCAGACAGCUUUGUGUAAAAGCUCCUGAUCUCUGUUUUUAUUAUAUGGGUUUCUACAUUCAUUCAUGCCCCAAAAUGAGAUACAAGGGUCAGUACAGGCCCUCUGACCUGCUGUGCCCUGAGACCUACGUGUGGACACCCAUUGAGCAAUGCCUGCCCCUGCUCGAGCACUCCAAGUACUCCCGCUUCAACCAGGAUGGAAAAGCAGUCGAUGAAGGUCGCCUGAAGGAGCUGGGCAGGGUGAGGGUGCUGCACAAGAGAACCGUGAUGCCUUACAGCAUCUACAAGAAGAGGAGGAAGGGGCCCAGUGAUGAGGCCAGUGUCCAGCAAUAUGCAAGCCUGGUGGGACAGACCUGCUCAGAGAGAAUGCUGCUGUUCAGGAGUUGAACCCCCACGAGAUGGCAUUUCAAUGGUUCCACAUUUCAUUGCACUGCACUGGGUGAUCUGUACCAUAUUUGUGUGCUGGUGUGCCCACUCAGACAGGCUGAAGCACAGGUGUAUAUAGCCAGGCUUGUGUCAAUACAUGGUACUGUGUGUAAAGGCCAGCUCCAAUAAAUCUUACAGUACAGCAAGGCUUUAGCAAUAUGAGUUUAGAAGAACACGCUUGCAGUAUAUUUUAAUUAAGUAGUUCUAGCCUUUCUAUGCAUUAUGAAUAAUUCUAAGUAUCUAAGCAAAAUGAAAAACAGGUGGGUUUGGUUUUUUUUUUGGUAGAGAUGAAGGUUGACUAAAUCUAGGUUAAGAAUCAUUAAGUUACAGAUGUUUUCAAAUAGCACCUUGGGUAUCUGUUGUUAAAAAUUGCUGUGAAAUUUGUGCUCAGAUUUGUAUGCUCCUAAAAUCUUGCAAGAGGACUGAAAUGUGCUAUUACUUUCCAGCAUGAUACCAUUUUAUUUCAGCAGUAUGUUUAAAAAACAGGAAGGAAUUAUUUUCACUGCACAUUCUUCAUUUGUUUAAAGCAGUAAGUCAGUGUCAGAGGUCCCAGUGAGUGUAGGAGUUCGUGGUAGGUUCUCAGUGGCAGGGGAUGCAGUGCUUUGGAAAACUUUUCCCUUCAGAGAAGAAGCAGAACAGUUGCACUAUAAAUAUACCAAAGAUAUGCAGCCAAGUGGCACAGUGGUUUUUGGUUUAAGCCUUAUCCUUUGUCUAACAAGAGUGGGUAUUUCAAUGCACAUGGCUAAUGUGAAAUAGAGCUUGGGAGGUUUAUCCUGCAGCUCUCAGUGCACAUUUCAGAACUAUGCUAACAAAAAAAAAGACUUAAGGUACCACUGCUGGGUUUUGUUGCAGGUGCUUUUUCUCUGUAGAAUUGUACAGGAACACUUAAAUACCAUAUUCCAGCUUUUUUACUGACUGUUUUGUUUCUGGUGCAGCAGCUCAUGGGUUAACAUCUUCAAUAACAUUUUAGUAAAUACUUCUGUUGGAAACACGGGAAGUUGUGAUCCUUUAUGAAAGCACUUUAUUAUCUCAUAUAUGAGCGUUGUCUGUGUCCCCAUGAAGUCACAUAAGUUGGAGGAAUUUGGGGAAAUAACACUGUUGUAUAAUUCAGUAAUGUAUUACAACAUUGUAACAUUACCAAUGCAUUUGUGCUUCUUAUCUUCUUGGAUAACAGGGGCUGGUGUUUACCUUGAAUCACCUUGGAGUUUCCUGUUAGCCUUUGAACAAAGAUUCUGGUUCAAGGAUAUGAGGGUGGUUUUCCCCCAGAAAGGAAAUAAAUAAAUUCAGUUUUACCCUCUAAAGGUUACAUCUCCUGUCAUUCAUGGAUUCAUUGAUUUAAUUUUAAACACUUGGCCACUAUUAUUAAUCAUUAAUUUUUAUGUGGAGCAGACGUACCAACUGGGAAAUCAAGUGCAAUGCAGGUUUAACUUUGCUUUUCAAAUCUGUUUGAUAAGAAAUUAGUGUAUAUUGCAAUGUUAUUGAUAGUACAGCUUCAACAGCAACUUUAAAAAGUCCUUUUAUGUUUUAUUAAUUGGGCUGUGCAGUAUUGAUGUGCUCCCAGUCUGCAGCAGAAAUGGUCAUUCACGUCAGCCUCGGAUCUGGUGUGUGUUUAUCAGUGGCCUGGUACUGAGAGGUUUCUUUGCACUGUACCUUCUGGUUUGCCCAUGCCUUACCUCAGCCUCCUGCCAUGGGGAGAGCCACUGAACAAUCCUCAUGAAGAUUAUUAUGAAGAAUUCCUUUCUGUGGAGAAAAUACUUUUGCCACUCUGUUAAACAGUGUAACAUUUUCUGCCUACACAACGUGCUGAGAAGUGGUGAUGCUCAUAUGGCUUGCAACCAAAAUAAAUGAGAAAACCUUUUUGUGUGAUACAAAAUCACUUAACAGGCACUGAGGAGUUUCACUAUGAAUUGCAAAAUCUUAAAGGUUAUCAAAGCCAUUUGAUGAUGGCCUCGCUGAGCUCCUGGAGAAGUUAAAGUUUCUGUUCAGUGUCAAGGGAGCAGAAUUCAUGUCCCCACUGAGAGUUCCUGGAGAGCUCCAUCUCUCUGUGCCCCUAUUUGUUACUGAUAUGCCUUGGAUUAGACUUUCAUCUGAUGCUCUGUUUCUCUUGGGGAGCUUUUAAAGACUGCAGUUAAAGGAAAGGGAGAGAAGUAUCAACCUAAGAACUGAGCACAGCUUGAGGUUGUCCCUAGUGUGAGCACUGGAGGUAAAUGAGCAUUUCCUGUGAGUCUGAAAUGGUGCUUUCACUUUGUGACCUCCCCUGGGACUGCAGCACCAGGGCACACUGGGCUCCUGGCUCCUGCUCAACUCAAAUAUGGAAUUAUAUUAAAAAGCAGAACCAGGCAACACCGAGAUUGACUCCAGAACUGAGUUCAUCUCCUGUGGUUUGCUGAGAUCUGACUCACUUCAGUGUUAUUUUAGAAGGAAACUGGGGUAGUAUUUUUGAGAACUGAUGCCUCUAUCCCUGUUUUUGGAAGGGAGACAGAGGCUGAGGAUGAAGUUCUGUAAGUUUUGCCUGUGACUUCAGUGGAGCUGAAAAUUCACCACUAUUACAAUAUUAUUUAAUAUAUUGUAAUUGAACAUUACUGAAUUUAGAGCUAUUUAACUUAGCACAAACUAUUUUAUAAAAGGGGUUUUUUUUGUGUGUGUAGCUGGUUUGUGGGAGUCCAUCUCCAGUGUAAGGUUGCCUUGUUCUGUCAUCUGUUGAUAAAUGAGCAUAAAAAGGUGGUAAGAAAAGGCAGAGUUGUGACCAGUGCUAAAAAAUGCCGUUUUUUGUUUUAAUUGGAAAGAAAUGGGAAGCUUAAACAUGUCCAGCAUCAACACGUGUCAGUAAAUUCAAGAACCUGCAUGUUGAGUUUGUAAUUGCUUUUUAGCAGGCCUGUUUGACUUGCAAGUGUAGAAAAUAAAGUUAUUUCCAGUCUCUGUGAAUUAUUAUAAGAAAUAAUAGCUCUGAAUGUGAUUUCUGCAUUAGCUUGUAGGAAUUUCAUUAUCCUGGAGGUUGACCAAGUGUCCAGUGAACAGCAAAAUCAAAGAAUCCAUCAAAGGGUAGCAGCCUUCAGAAGAGGGAACUUGCAAGUUUAAAAUCAUGCCCAAAACUCAUGACCUGUAUUGGAAUGAAGUUUUAGUUCCAGCCAGCCAGAUUAAUGAAGAGAUUGCAUGAAAUAUAAUUCUUCUUUUCUGAGUAGAAUAAAAUAAAGAGACUUUUCACAAAUGGAGACUAGACAGGACCAGCUAUUUAUUUGAAUUCAACUUGGUUGAACAAAAACCUGUCCCUGAAUUAAGGAGCCAAACCAGCAACACAGAAAUUUGGGUUGUGUGCAUAAAGAUGACCAAACAUUGCAUCAUUUUCUGACUGAAUGGGGCACAAUUCCAGCUAAUUCUGGAUUCCUGAAGACUUUUCCCAAAGCCCAGCACCAGCAUGGCUUGAAAUGUUGGUGGGGUUUCUUCUGUUCCAUUGCUCCUGUGGAGUCCACAUCCAUCAGUCUUUUGAGAUUCUGGGAAUUUCUUUGCCAGGUGAUCACUCUAAAGCUCCAGCCUGAUCAGCCAAUGUUUCUGAGCUCCUUCUCAUCCUGGGUGUCCCAGAUAAUCCUCCAGGCACAAUUAAGUGCUGUCCUGAUCAGACUCUCCACUCAAGCCUUAAUGUCUCUCUGCAUUUGGAAGGGUGAAGGAUUUUCAGGGCAGAAAUCUUCACUUUUCAGAGAAUCACCAACAUUUCCCAAACCACUGUAGCCACAUCUUGUACCAAUAUAUUUAUAGAGCUGCACCUUCAGUCACACUGAGUGCAAAAUGCUGAAUUACUUUUGCAUUUUCCAAAUGAUUUGGGGUUUUUGAAGUUAGCCAAAGUGAUGGAUGGUAGGAGCAGAUGUACAAUAGUAACUCAUCCUAAAAGCAGCUAAUUGUGGUCAGUGGGUUUCUAAAUAAAAGUGUUCUAGACAUUAAUCUACUACAUACAUUUUAUAGUACAUUUAAAGCUCAUCUCAUAAGAGCUUUGUUUUCUAACAGCAUUAAAAUAAGAAUGGAAAUUAUUAAAUUAACAUGUAAGCCUGAAUUCAGUAUUAUUAAUGCUCUCAGUAUUAAUACAGAACAGUCUUAACUCUGAAAAUGCCCUUACUGCUGAUCUCAGACAAGUAGUAGCUCAGAAGCUUUCUGGCUGUAUUCUUUCUGGUUAUGUUUUACUGUUUUGAUGUUUAUUCAUUUCCUUAUUAGAACUAUUCCCAUCAGGUUUUUGUACUUCCCAUCAGUUAUUUCCACUUCAGUUUUGACACAUAAUACAUGUGUCUGCCAAAAGUCCUGCUGAGAGAUUGCUAUCAGGACAAAAGAAAGUGUUGGAAAGUCUGUUAAGCAGUGAGAAGAGAGCAGGGUCCACAGGGACAGUCAGUCUGCAACCUUUGUGCUGCAGAAAAAGCAGGAUUUAUUUAUAAUUUAGUCCGCUGCAGGCUUAAAUAAAUGUGUCAGAUUUCAUUCA